AACAAAAAUCCAGUUAAGCCUGCACACUGGCCCUAUGAGCAGCAGAGCACUCUGCCGGCCCUGCAUGCAAAAUCACGGGUGACCAAUCGUGUUGAACCCAACUGCAAAGACUCUGGAGUUCUGCCCAACAUAAGAAAGAAGAACAAACUGAACAAUGUUGGAGUCCACCAGGAUCAGAAACCAGUGUCUCAGGGGUAUAGGACAAAAAAAGAGAAACUUCCGGAGCUCAUCAACCCCCCAAGCCUUUCUAACAAACAGCAGCAAAAGAAGCAAUUGGAGGUUGAUUCGUUUCCCUUGUCCCCCACAGUUGUGCUGGAGUGCUUUGGCAAGAACAUGACCAAGUUUGAGCAAUAUGAGAUCAGUCAUUACUCCGAGCUCUGGUACUUGGGUCAUAUAACUAAGAAUGGAGGACCUGAUACCACUUUAAAGAAUCCAGGCUACGGUGACAGGACUGGCACCUAUACCAAAGUUAUGCAUGAUCACAUUGCUUACCGCUACGAGGUGCUAGAAGAGCUUGGACAGGGAUCUUAUGGAGAAGUGUAUAAGUGCCUGGAUCACAAAACCAGCGAGAUGGUGGCAGUAAAAGUCCUUCGCCCCAACAGGGCUAUCCUGGAAGAGCUGAAGAUCUUGGAUUUCUUGAAGAAAAAAGACAAAAACAAUUGCUACAAUAUAGUCCACAUGAAGGAUUACUUCACCUUCCGUAACCAGCUCUGUAUCAUCUUUGAGCUCCUGGGGCCAAACCUUUAUGAAUUCAUAAAGAGUCACAAGCAUAAAAGGCUCAGUCUAGCUCAGGUACGCCACAUUGCCCGAGAAAUGCUGACGUGCCUGAGUAUGCUGGAGAAUGAAAAGAUCAUUCACGGAGAUCUCAAACCAGAGAACAUCGCGCUGUCAUUAACAAACCAAGGUGGCAUCAAAGUGAUCGAUUUUGGAAUGAGCUGUUAUGAACCUCUGCAAAAGAUAGCAUGCAUCGGGACUCAUGUGUACCGUGCUCCAGAGGUCAUUGUACGCAAGCACUACACUACUGCAGUUGACAUGUGGAGUCUAGGCUGCAUAUUGUUUGAGCUGUAUGCUGGCCAGCCCCUCUUUUUCGGACAGGACGAGGUGGACCAAAUGUCCCUUAUUAUGGAGGUGCUUGGAUAUCCUCCAGCUGAAUACAUUAAGAGAAGAAAGGAGCUGUUUUUUGACUGUUAUGGACGACCCAUAAGAAUCAUUAAUCACAACGGCAGGCCAAGAAUCCCUGGCUCAAAAAAUCUUUCCCGCAUUUUGAAUACGGACAAUGAGCUUUUUCUGGACUUUUUGAACCGUUGCCUGACAUGGAAUCCCACGAUGCGCCUCAGUGCAAAGGAGGCUUUGCAGCAUCCAUGGAUUCAGGAGGGUUGAGUUAAGACUCAAAAAUGCUGGAAAUCUUGGCUAUAAUAAGGUAGUGGGACAUUGAAAGGUGUGUCCCAAAUUACAAAGCUGUGCACGUUUGGGAAGCUCUUCUUCUACAUUAUAAGCAGAAGGAGCCAGUGAAUUAUACCACAUGUAAUGUGUCCCAUUUUGUUGCUUAAGGUAAAACCCUAGGAUGCAUCUCACUACAUUAGAGGCUUUGCAGCUUAAAUAAAGAUGGGUCGUAGAGUCAGUCCAGCAUGUAGACCAAUGGAACCAAUGGAUUGAACCUGAAAGAUUAAACUUAAGGCAGAAUCAUCUCCCAAUUCCCCAUUGCUCCUACGACCUACAGCUCAUGCACAAGCCAGGACAUGUCUAGCUCAGGUACGCCACAUUGCCCGAGAAAUGCUGAUGUGCCUGAGUAUGCUAGAGAAUGAAAAGAUCAUUCAUGGGGAUCUCAAACCAGAGAACAUCGCGCUGUCAUUAACAAACCAAGGUGGCAUCAAAGUGAUCGAUUUUGGAAUGAGCUGUUAUGAACCUCUGCAAAAGAUAGCAUGCAUCGGGACUCAUGUGUACCGUGCUCCAGAGGUCAUUGUACGCAAGCACUACACUACUGCAGUUGACAUGUGGAGUCUAGGCUGCAUAUUGUUUGAGCUGUAUGCUGGCCAGCCCCUCUUUUUCGGACAGGACGAGGUGGACCAAAUGUCCCUUAUUAUGGAGACUGUUAUGGACGACCCAUAAGAAUCAUUAAUCACAAUGGCAGGCCAAGAAUCCCCGGCUCAAAAAAUCUUUCCCGCAUUUUGAAUACGGACAAUGAGCUUUUUCUGGACUUUUUGAACCGUUGCCUGACAUGGAAUCCCACGAUGCGCCUCAGUGCAAAGGAGGCUUUGCAGCAUCCAUGGAUUCAGGAGGGUUGAGUUAAGACUGUUUCGACAAAAUGCUGGAAAUCUCAGCUAUAAUAAGGUGAGACCCUAGGAUGCAUCUCACUACAUUAGAGGCUUUGCAGCUUAAAUAAAGAUGGGUCGUAGAGUCAGUCCAGCAUGUAGACCAAUGGGACCAAUGGAUUGGACCUGAAAGAUUAAA